CGGUGCUCGUCUAAUCUCGAAGCCCAAUUUACCACCCGCUCUCCCGCUGUCUCUCCAUUCUGCAUUCUGCGGCGAGUCACUUUUAUGCACAGCACACAGUGUGUGUGCAUCUCUUCUCUUUCCACUUCCACCUUAAUCACUUUAACCCUUCCAUGCUCCGUCGCUCCGUUGCUCCCUCGUCGCUCUCUAUCUCUCUCGCCUGUCCGCCUCGAGCUUUGGGUUCUGGAUCCAUCAGAGCUCGAGCAACCUAACUGUCGCCUUUGCAUUUUAUUUGAACAGCGUCUUGCGCCUGGCUGCACACUCUGCUUGUUCUAGCUUCUGCGUGCCCAAAGUCGAACACGGAGCAAACCCGGCCGAAUUCUGGUGGACCGAGUUGGAAUCAAGGGUUACGAGCUCCUCCCGCAUUUAAUACGGAUCCAUACCCCCC